GAAAAGCCUCAUUUUACAAAAUGUACACUUGUGAUAUUAGGAGUGACUCCUCUGAUAAGGAAGAUUUCACAGGGAACGUGACACAAACCACUGAGUAGAUGCAGGCAACACACAGGGUUUUGUCCAUUAGGUGCCGAACUGAACAAAACGGACUGGAACAUGGAGGGACUACCUGGACCUGUCCACAGCAACCUUUGGUUGCUCGACGUUCACGUUAAACGGCCGGGACAACCACACUACUUUCGUUUUUUUUGCCUUAAGUAACCUUGGGUGUUAUGUAACCAUACCAAACGUAACAGGUAAUCCUAAUAUGAGUGUCCCUGAUUUACGUGUACUAUGUUGCGCCUAGUCUAUGAGACCAGGCUGUCCAAUAAGAAACACUUAUUGUUUUAAAAAGUUUCCUAUUGCAAGCCCUAAUGAACAUGGUCACGCUCCAUUUCUCAGUCUCCCUCUUUCUCACCCUGUCUACCAUUUGCAUGGCUCUCUGUGUGCUCGUGCUCGAGGCUAAGGUGUUUCUAUCAUGAUUAUAACACUGACUAAAGUUGCCAUCUCAUGGGAGCUCUCCAUUAACAUUUACACUUCAAUCUACUAUGUUGUCCUUUUUUUGCCUUUUGGAUGAGUGUGGUAUAUAAGAUACAGCAUUUGGGUAGAGAUCAUUUUGUGAACCAAGCGUACCUUUUAGCCUAGAAUUUUUUUAAAAAGAGGUCCAUUCUGUGUGGAUAGAAUCUAGAGUCUUUAUAUAAUAGGAGCACUGAUUAUCUUGUUCAUUGAUGAAACGGUUCUCUGAUAUAUUUGCUGUUUUACCAUUUCCACUACGUGAGGAGUACAUCCAGGUUAUUGGCCUAGGGGCGGUGACAUCUAGCAGCACAUAUUUUACUUUGAAGAAGUAAAUUCCCUAAACAAAAGCUUGUUUUGUUUAAAUGCAAUAUGUAGCCUUCUUUCCUCUGUAGAGUGUGUGGUUUUAAGUGGAUGGAUAAAGGAGAUAAGAAUGUGGGUAGCAAGGUGGGGUUACAGUAGCUAGGGCCUUGCUAUUCCUGCUGGGGGGCAGAGGAUCGUUCAGCUCACAUGACUGUGCUGUGACUGAGUUGGGUCUUGUGUGUGCGUGUGGAUCUGUGGUGAUGAGUGAGAGGGGAGAGGCUACUCAGUGCUCUCUUUGUGGUGAGACAUUCCCUGGGUCAUCCUCUCUUCCAGCUUCUCUGAUCCAGGAGGAAAGUCUCUGGAUUUGGAGCCCUUAGCUGGCUACCUCUUCUGGACCUCAGACAUCGGGACCUGGAAUGAGAAGAGGAUUCCACACCAGUAUAUACAGCGUGGAUAUCGGGAUGGGGAUUGGAACCCAGUUGUUGGAAAUGACCUGUUCACUCGACACUCUUUAGAAUGGUUUCUGUCUGAACGGGAUAUUUUUCUUGAAACUCAUUUUGUCAGUGCGGAGGCAGGGUAUCAACAGAGUGAGAACCGUGCGUGUUCAACAGCUCUGAGUGCUUGACAAACUUUUUCUCUUUGCUCCUGUGGAUAUUGUUUUGGAAUCAAACUCGGAGGGUGUGACCAAGGUUCCAGGUCCGAACCCUCAUCCUACACCACUGGGUCACCUAUCCUCAGCAGGGAACUGGUAGACAGAGGUGGAUAUAGUGUCUUGUACCUGGAUAGGACUUGAGAAACGGUAGCGUAUACCCUCUCUUGUCUGAAGAGUUUAACCAUAUCUGGACACUAGACCUUAUCUGGACCUCUAACUGCUCUCACGCUAUCUUCUACCGCUCUACUUCCCUCUCUCUCUCCAGCAGAGAUGGGGGCUGCCUUCAAGAGGUUCUGUGCUCGGUUCUGUUGCUGCUGCUGCAUUAGCGAUGAUGAAAGUGAGGAGGAGAAGGAGCCUUUAAUCAGUCCUGACACUUUGGAGUACUUUGACCGCGAGGCGAAGAAGCGAAGGGAACAGGAACAGAACCUGUGGAGUGAGCCAGGCGACCCGAGCCACUCGGAGAGAGACGAUGACCGGAUCCUGUACAACCUCAUCCAGAACAGGAACCAGACACGCAGGGGCUCGCUGGCGCACCGGCGUCUGAGUGUGGACAUUGAGGGUAUGAGAGAUCUGCGCCGGGAGGUCAGGGACAAGUGGAAGAUGAUCCUGGAGAAUUUAGGGUUCAUGGCGGAGGCGGAGUCUCUGCUGACGGUGUCUGCCAGUGCGUCGUAUGACCGUAUGAAGAACGCCUCGGCAUCACGCACACUACUGCACACGCUCCACUCUGAGACGUCUAUCUUCAACACCCGGGAGGCCCCACCUGAGAGAUACCUCUUCAUCCUGGAUCGUCUCAUAUACCUGGAUGCUGCUGAGGACUUCUUGGCGAAGGCUAGACGCUUCUACCCCAAGCGUGAUACUGAUGAUGAAGAUGAGGACAACCCAUUAGCAGUCAACCUGCCGUUGCUACUGGCCAGAGUGAACCGCACCAUGAACAGAGAAGGGAGCGACGAUGAGGACAAGAGGCUGGAUGAGGAAGAUGGGAGUGGAAGAGAGGACAACUUCUAGACGGAACAGGAGCUGCAAUGACCUCAGACAGUAGACAGGGGGCAGUAGUUAGUUGUUUAUGUUGCAGAGUUGGGAGUAUACAGUGCUAGGAUGUCUGAUUCUGAAUAUACUCUGUUGAAAAUACUCUCCCAAUUUGCACUAACACUAGGGGCUCUAUUCAAUCUGUGUUGCUGAAGUGUUACAGAUUGUGCGAUAGAAAUGUAAAGGUCAUUUCUGACUGAACCGACAUGUGCAGUGUUUACCGUGUAUGCGGUCUCUGCUAACACGGGAACAUUACCUUUACAUUUCAAUCACUCUGUAACGCUGCACUUCUGCGAUACAAAUUGAAUAGAGCCUUAGGUUUGAACAAAUAAAAUACAGCUUUCCUUUCCCCUCAUCAGAACCAUGAUCCAAUAUGAUUCUGUUUUUCUUAUUUUUCUGUUUAGGAAGACUUAGCUGGGUCUCAGGUAUAUUAGGGGGAGUUUGAGGUUAUCACCCUGCCAUUUUUGUUAUCAAUCAGACAGUGUUAGUUACCCAACUCCCUGGGUCUGUUCAUUAUUGGUCUCCGCCAGGGAACACAGUGGACACAGUUAACAUAGCACUGAAACCCGUAGGGCACAGCUGUCCUGUUCCACCCCAGCACUUUGUCUCAUGAUUAUCAGCACUUGUUUUAUCUAGUCACAAGACAGUCUUUUAAAACCACUAGUUAAGAUUACCUUGGAAUAAAUGUUUGUUAACGAAUUAAAUCAUUUGAGUUAUCCAUUUAUUUAACGGACCAUGCUUAUCAAGAGGUACUAGUGUGUUUUUGUUCAUGAAGUUUACAGAGAUGAGUUUAGUAACAAAAUGACUCAACUUUGAAUGAGUGUGUGUGUGUCUGUGUGAACAGUGGAGGUUGCAGUAUGUGGGUAUCUAAUGGUCACUUUAAGUACAUGUCAAGAUUGUGAGAGCGUUUGGGAUGUUUUGGUGAGUUGAAGGGGAUGUAGCAUGUGUCUCAUGUUCUAUUGUAAAGUUGAUUUGGAAAAUAAAGUGGCAACCUGAUACUGCAGACCAAGUUGUGUGUGUGUGGCAGGGUUAAUGUGUCCAUGGGGAGCUCAAAACUCCCUGUCACAUGUCGGCAUGGUGUGGUCACAGCUCCAACACUGUGGCUCACCCAUGCCUGCUGUGAGCCACGCCCCACAGAGAUAGCCUCUGACCUGGCCCAAUCUGGCCUGUCCUGGGCGUGCUCGUCCCUCUGGAUCCACAGGGGGUGUGUGGAUGAGGAUGUUGAUGAUUUGAUGGUCAGCUGUUUAUAAUGUUACGUGAGAAUGACACUGGUGAGGGCACGUCUCUCAACAGGGCAUCAGCCUGUUUCUUAGAAAAUAGACAGACAGUGGCAUCAUGCCCAUUGGGGGAACAAAGGCACACUCCCUCAGAUUUGUCCUGUUUUGACAUUUUUCAGAUGUUAAAUGAAUUACUCAAGUUCAUUUUUAAGCCCACAUUUUAUAAAAAUUUGUUUUUAUAUAUAUAGGGGACACACUGACUGGACCAGGCGAAGAGAACCCCCCUCUAUUCCCCCAAGUAAGUGGUUCCUUCCUAGUUGCACAGAGCAAAGAGAUGCCUAGACAAGAUGCUAGAUAUUCUAGAGUCUAAUAGUUGCAGUAUUGUCAGUGGAGGAGAGAGAGAGUGUAGAGUGACACUGGAUUUUAGCUGCCAGUGAUGGG